AUGACUCCAAAUGUGGAUGGCCAGUCUUUUGGCACAGUACACUACUCCAAUGUCUACCUCUCCAUAUUCGCUCUGUUUUGCGUCAAGCUCUUUGUCAAGAUCAGCCUGAAUAUUCUCACCCACUUCUAUGUGGUGAAGGGGAAUCGGAAGGAGGCUGCCCGCAUUGCAGAAGAGUUUUAUGAUUUUGGACAAGGGCACAGUAAGUAGCUGUUUCUGUGAAAGGCAACAGACUAUUAUUCUACAGCAGAGAGUCAUACACACACUUUCUACAGUAAAGUGUGUGUAUUAGGGUAUUCCAGCUUUCUAAAAGCUCUGUGUCUAUAACAUGCCAGGCAACUGUAUCCAGUCUGCCCAGGAACUACUCAGCCUAUCGCUGUGGCCGGUGACAUUAGAAACACUUAGAUACAUUUGUGUAUUAGAUACACUUUCUUCUUGAUGUCUUUCAAUGCUCUUUUCUUGCUGAGGUACUGGGGGAAAGCACUGCAUUGGAACAACCACACCUGGGAUGAGGGAAAGGACCCAGAACCUUUGGCAUCAUGAUGGCAUGUUGGAAUGGCAUGCCAGAAGUCUCUGAUUGCUUCUGCCCUUAGCAUAUUCCAUGCACUGUAAUCAUCAAGAGAUCUGAUGAGAUGACACAUGAAAUGCACAUUUUUUGAGAGUAUGUCAAAUUAAUAUAUUCAAACCAUCGGUUUGCAGCUAAACGUAUUUGUAUAAUUGUGCAUACCUAGGAGCUGUGCCCUUAUUAAAAUGCCACACAAUUCAUAGACAGUUUAUCUCAUAGCUGAGACUUGGCAGUUGCAGGCUGCAGCCUGUACUCGUACUUCACGUAGGUUACACAGCGGCUGUCAGCCAGGAAUGUUUUGAGCUGAACAGAAGCGUGUUAGAGAGAGGUUAGAGGGGCUCUAGCUUUCCAUCCCCAAGUACAACUAGUUUAACCAAUGACCGUUAUAAACAGUACAUGGCUUUUGAAUAUUGCAAGCAAAGGAUUGUUACACAAGCAACUAGGCAUACUCAAAAGAGCAAAUACUGUAUUCAACUCAAAGGUCAAACUUUAAUAUUUCAAACCAUGCCGAAUUAAUCAUUUAUAAACAGAAAGGUUUCUAACCCUGAGGCCAGCGGGGAUAAAGGCUGUUCUGGUCUAAGCCAUUUCUUAACCUCUGAUAAUAAUAAUAAUAUGCCAUUUAGCAGACGCGUUUAUCCAAAGCGACUCUCUCAAUUCAAUUCAAUUCAAUUCAAUUCAAUUUAAGGGCUUUAUUGGCAUGGAAAACGUAUGUUAACAUUGCCAAAGCAAGUGAAGUAGAUAGUAAACAAAAGUGAAAUAAACAAUAAAUAUUAACAGUAAACAUUACACUCAGAAGUUCCAAAAUAAUAAAGACAUUUCAAAUGUAAUAUUAUGUAUAUAUACAGUGUUGUAACAAUGUGCAAAAAGUUCUCUCUUUCUCUCUCUCUCCCUACCUCCCUCUCUGCCUGUUCUUGUUAUCGUUGUGCUCGGCCUUGGCUGUGAAACAACAAGCCGUGCAGCCAAUCAGAGAGCAGGAUUUAGACUGGAUCAUGGUGCACAGUGCUGCAGGGACAGAUAGCCGAUGUAAACAUGCCUGAAGUUCCAUCUGCAGAGAGCUCGAGCGAGCAGCAGCCAGAAAACACGCCGAGGAAAAGAACGUUAGAGUACACAGACGAUUACACGGCAAAAAAGAAACCUCGCUGCUGGGGUAUUUUAACUAGCCAAGGUCAGUAGCGGUUUACGCACACACAAUUGUGUAUUUGCGCACUGGGUGAGUGCGUCUCGGACUGGCACUGUGCAAUGUUGUUAUAGGGCUCAUGUGCUGUUCGUGUCAAGCUUAUUUGAGGUAGACAGAGGGGUUGAAAUGGAAAUGUUUCGGGGAAAAGGCACCUGUUCUGGAACAUUAUCAUAGGAUUCAGCCUAUUUGGGACUGUGCUAUAGAAAUGAAGCUCUAUGAUAUAAGAAUAUCAUGACAUAACCAAACAAACGCCUUGGACACAUCUGGUCAAAUGGGUCCCUAGAGCAGUCCAGUGUUUAUCCUAUUGAUGUGAAUACAGAUCCGUAUAUCUUACAUCAUAACACAAUUGUAUUUAUUUAUUUAACACCUAUUUAUAAUUAAUUAAUUAAUUAAUUAUUAUUAUUACUAUUAUUAGUAGUAGUAGUAUUACUACUACUACUAGGCCUGUGUGUAGUUGUAGUAGAAGUAGUAGGCCUUGGGAUAUGUGUCUAUUGCAGUUUAAUAAUGACUGGCCUACAACAGCUGAAGCUACCAUGUGCUCUCAUGACUCUUUCACACAAGACAAUAACAGUUAGACCUUUUAACUGUACUAAGCAGCAGCUUCAGACAAUUAAACCUGAUUAUAUCAUAUAUUACAGCCCUUUCUGCUUCCUUGUGUUCUUGCUUAGUGUGGCAAAGGGGAGCCUUAAGCAAAAGCAAAGUCACAUGUUCAGGGCACCAUUGCAAUAUUCAUGAGAGCCACCAUUUUACCCUGCUUAGAAUAGAGACACCCUGUGCUGUCCGAAUGAGAAUAAUGUACAAGGCUUCAGUCGCACCAGGCAACCAGCUAUAGAGGAUCACCGCUGUGGGAAAGGUUGGCUGGUUUCCCGGAGAAAGGAUAGAAAAUAGAGAGAGGGGGGAUUCCAGGUCGCUGUUGCUGCUGUGACUGGAAUUAGCUACUUACUGUAGCUCUAACAUGUGCUUCCUAAGAAUAGCUUCCAAACUCUAUUUAUCUCUGCACCAGUGGUUGUCCUCAUUGGCACCUGUUGUUAUGUUAUGUAUCCCUUGAUAGAGGAAUCUCUGUUAUUGUCCUUUCACCCCCCCAAAAAAGAUAUAUAACAAUUAAUGUCAUUUUUGGUCUAUAUAUUAAAAAGGAAUUCAGAAUUUGCAACAACAACAAAAUAAUAUACAGUAUAUUAGUUGUCCUAUUUAUCAGAAAAGAUAGUAGCAACAACAGGCCAUGUCAGUGUACUACGUGAGCUUGUCAGGUGAUACAAAUGCCCUUCCAAAGAUGGCCGCCACAGUCACAGCUCUGCCUGUGUGAAUCCAUGCUGUGACAACAAGAACCUUCAGUACAGUAACAGUACAGUAGGUGACAGGCGCCCUCUUGUCCUACAGGCAGCAAUGUCAUAUACGUAUCAAUGGCUAGAUGUGCCGUGGGGAGACGGAGACAUGGGUAUGUAGUAUUGAAUAUUGCACUGCAUUGCUGUGUUAUGUUGUGUGGAAGUAUGGCUGACAUUUUAUUAUACUCAAGGCUUCCUCAUAAAAGAGGAUUUACAGGAUUUCACCUGAAUAAAGGAUUCAUAAAAUAAAAAAAACACCUAUAUGUUGUUCUCUGACGUGGAUGGUAGUGUAGUUGGGUGUGUAGGGAGAGACUGAGCUCUGCUCUGCCAGUUGUACAAGGCUAUGCCUGCCAGAUGGCCUGCUUGGUUGAGCUACAGCUAUAUAUAGCUCCAUCCACACUGUGAGAGAGUGAAAACCUAUCCGGCGCUCUGUUUUAUGCUCUGUGAUAUAAGUGACAGCUGUGACAACAGGGUUUCUAUUUUCUGAACAUGGAUAGUGGACUGCUACUACUGGCCUUUAGGAAGUAAUUCUAAAUGAGGAUUAUGGUAAUGAUUGAAUAAUAAGGAUGAAUGCUGUCAAUGUAUCAGACAUUAAUGGGAAUGUGCUGGAAAUAUACUACCAGUCAAAAGUUUUAGAACACCUACUCAUUCAAUGGUUUUUCUUCAUUUUUACUAUUUUCUACAUUGUAGAAUAAUAGUGAAGAUAUCAAAACUAUGAAAUAACACAUAUGGAAUCAUGUAGUAACCCAAAAAGUGUUAAACAAAUCAAAAUAUAUUUUACAUUUGAGAUUCUUCAAAUAGCCACCCUUUGCCUUGAUGACAGCUUUGCACACUCUUGGCAUUCUCUCAACCAGCUUCAUGAGGUAGUCACCUAGAAUGCAUUUCAAUUAACAGGUGUGCCUUCUUAAAAGUUAAUUUUUGGAAUUUAUUUCCUUCUUAAUGUGUUUGAGCCAAUCAGUUUUGUUGUGACAAGGUUGGGGGGGUAUACAGAAGAUAGCCUUAUUUAGUAAAAGACCAAGUCCAUAUUAUGGCAAGAACAGCUCAAAUAAGCAAAAAGAAACGACAGUCCAUCAUUACUUUAAGACGUGAAGGUCAGUCAAUACGGAAAAUGUCAAGAACUUUGAAAGUUUCUUCAAGUGCAGUCGCAAAAACCAUCAAGCGCUAUGAUGAAACUGGCUCUCACGAGGACCGCCACAGGAAUGGAAGACCCAGAGUUACCUCUGCUGCAGAGGAUAGGUUCAUUAGAGUUAACUGCACCUCAGAUUGCAGCCCAAAUAAAUGCUUCACAGAGUUCAAGUAACAGACACAUCUCAACAUCAACUGUUCAGAGGAGACUGUGUGAAUCAGGCCUUCCUGGUGGAAUUGCUGCAAAGAAACCACUACUAAAUCACCAAUAAAAAGAAAUGACUUGCUUGAUUUUUGGUUCCAACCGCCGUGUCUUUGUGAGACGCGGUGUGGGUGAACGGAUGAUCUCUGCAUGUGUAUUUCCCACUAUAUAGCAUGGAGGAGGAGGUGUGAUGGUGUGGGCGUGCUUUUCUGGUGACACUGUCUGUGAUUUAUUUAGAAUUCAAGGCACACUUAACCAGCAUGGCUACCACAGCAUUCUGCAGCGAUACGCAUCCCAUCUGAUUUGGGCUUAGUGGGACUAUCAAUUGUUUUUCAAUAGGACAAUGACCCAACACACCUCCAGGCUGUGGAAGGGCUAUUUGACCAAGAAGGAGAGUGAUGGUGUGCUGCAUCAGAUGACCUGGCCUCCACAAUCCCCCGAACUCAACCUAAAUGAGAUGGUUUGGGAUGAGUUGGACCACAGAGUGGAGAAAAAGCAGCCAACAAGUGCUCAGCAUAUGUGGGAACUCCUUCAAGACUGUUUGAAAAGCAUUCCAGGUGAAUCUGGUUGAGAAAAUGCCAAGAGUGUGCAAAGCUGUCAUCAAGGCAAAGGGUGGCUAUUUGAAGAAUCUCAAAUCUCAAAUAUAUUUUGAUUUUCUUAACACUUUUUUUUGGUUACUGCAUGAUUCCAUAUGUGUUAUUUCAUAGUUUUGAUGUCUUCACUAUUAUUCUACAAUGUAGAAAAUAGUAAAAAUAAAGAAAAACCCUUGAAUGAGUAGGUGUUCUAAAACUUUUGACCGGUAGUGUGUGUGUGUGUAUGUGUAUAUAUAUAUGUAUGUUUGUGGAUGUGACCAGUAAGAGCUUGUAUGAUAGUGAAGGGCUAUUACUGUAAACAUAUGACUGUAUUGUGUGUUGUUUUGGAGAUGCUCAGGUGUUUUGUCUGUCCCUCUCCCAGGGUCAUGGGCGGACCGGUCUCCUCUCCACGAGGCAGCGUGUCAGGGCCGUCUCCUGGCCCUCAGGACCCUACUCUCACAGGUGAGUCAAACACAGAGGGGCGGGGCACCACAACGUAAAGCAUUCUGGUCGAUGGUUUAUACAGUGUUAAGACAGUAAAGAAGGAGAGGAAUGUUUUGAUACCUUUAUGUAAAAUUAUAUGCUGAUGCUGUUUCUGUAUGUUCCAGAUAAGAUACAUAUGAUAUGUUUGCCAUUUCCCCUCGUAAUCAGAUUUCCAAAAGUUAGGGUAACACUUUAUUUGGAUAGUCUAUCUGUAGAUGCUCUACAGACUUAUCUACAGACUACCAGUAAUAUUUCAACUAUCUAUCUACUAACUCUAGCUCUAGGUCUAACCCUAACCCUUAUCCUAACCCUAAACGUAACCCUUACCCUAACCCUAGACCUAACCUGAACCCUUACCCUACACUCUUAGGGAAAAAAAGGUGCUAUCUAGAAACUAAAAGGGUUCUUCAGCUGUUCCCGUAGGAGAACCCUUUGAAGAACCCUUUUUGGUUCCAGGUAAAAACCCAUUUGGUUCCUUUUACACAGAGGGAUCUACAUGGAACCCAAAAGAGUUCUACCUGGAACCAAAAAGGUUUCUCCUAUUGGGACAGCCGAAGAACCCUUUUGGAACCCUUUUUUCAAAGAGUGUAACUCGUAUUCUAAACCUAACCCUAAACGUAACCUUAGCAAGCAGUUGCUUAUCAACAUAUAGUGUGUUGAUAGUAUGAUCAUCUGUAGAGCAUCUGCACAAAUAAAGUGUAGGGAAAGUGAGCCCUAUAUAAUGAAUGCAAACAUUUCUUGUUGUCAUCCCAGGGUUACAACGCAAACAUCCCUACCAUAGACCAUGUGACGCCGUUGCAUGAGGCUUGCCUGUCAGACCACGCGUCAUGCGCCAGGGCGCUUAUUGCUGCUGGUGCCAAUGUAAGUCAUGACCAAACACAUGCACACACACACAAACACAUACACUCCAUGUCAGAACAAGACAUCAUUAUGCUGUGGCAGCAACUCAUCUUUUUACAUUCCAAUUGACUUGCCUUUGUUGUAACUUUGGAAUGUUUCCAUUUACAAUGGCUCAUGUAUAGAUACACAUGCUUUUCUGACAAUGCCCCAUCUAUCUGAUCAGGUAAAUGCCACCACCAUUGAUGGGGUGACACCGCUGUUCAAUGCCUGCUCAGUGGGCAGUGCCACCUGUACAGAGGUACUGCUGGAAAACGGUGCCAAGCCCCAGUCAGAGAUAUGCCAGCCCUCGCCCAUACAUGAGGCUUCCAGCAAAGGUACUGUAGGAGGACUUCCAUCGCAGGAUAUGUGCUGUCACUACUGUGAGGUUUUGAAAUACUCUGGCUGUAAUUUUAGUAUGUUCCCCCCCCCCCAAUUCUAAGAUGAGACCAGUGAAUGCGUUUCUGAAUGAGAGUAUGCUGGUAACACAGGACGUAUUGUGUGUAGGCAAAAUUGCUUGUCUGGAGGUACUGAUCACAUGGGGAGCAGACGUGGACUAUGAUAUUCCUCACCUGGGAACCCCCCUGUACAUCGCCUGCAUCUCCUCAGGACUCCAGUGCACACAGAAACUCCUCAAUGGAGGUCAGUAACUAACCAGACACUUUGGUCCUAACUUAAAAUGAUCUCUCCCAUUGACAUCAAUGCAUUUUGUAUUUAGUUUUUAUGAUUCAUCCGUUUGUAUUGUUUUUUCUUCUUCUGUAUUCUGCAUUUACUAAGGGAAGAUAUGUCAUAGGACAUUGAUUUACCUGAUGCAGUACUCACAAACAUAGGGUGUGUUCAGUUGGGAGAAUAUAUUUUUAAACUGAGUAAAACAGGAAGGAACUACAAAAACUUGUCCAAUCAGAGCAUAGAUUAAUGUUUUCUGUUGCAAACCAUUUUCCUAGAGUGUGAACUACUGAACUAAACCAAUGGUGUCCGGUUUGCUCCACAGGGGCCAAUGUGCAGAAGGGCAGGUUCCUGGAGAGCCCGCUCCAUGCAGCAGCUCAGAAGGACUGUACUGAGAUCAUCAAUGUGUUGUUAGAGUUUGGAGCGAACAUUAACGCUAAAAACCUAGAGCUGAAGAGACCGGUGGAGUCAGCCCCGCCUAACAGCUCAGCAGAGGAGACGUUACUGCUGCAUGAAGGUAAGAUUAUGCUCAGUUUACAUGGGAAUAUUUGACUGAUUCCAGAUCAGUUUGUACUGUAUAGCUAACUCAUAUGUUCGUUUUCAUGCCAAACUCGUAGUCUGAUCAGAAACCGAUACUGAAGUUUUCUGAUACUAAUUCUGAUCUGGGACCAGGCCAGGAAAUAUCCCCAUUCAGUCAGAAUUCCUUGUAAAACAUUGAUAUUUGGAUUAUAGAAAUGGAUGAUAUUGACGCUGUCUUGGAAUAAUCCGAUAAUCUCUUUCUCUCUCUCUCUCUGCAGCAACACCGCGGUCACUACGUCAGCUGUGUCGUCUCAGUAUCAGAGAUUAUAUGGGCCGAUCUCGACUACACCUCAUCCCUCAGUUACACCUCCCCAACCUUCUCAAACGCUUCCUCCAGUACAGAUAGGGACACAUCAACGCUCUCUCUGUUUCUCUCUCUUUCAUCUCUGUCUGUUGCUCUCCCCCUUCUCUCUCUGUUUCUCUCUCUGUCUUUCUCCUGUCUGUUGCUCUCCCCCUUCCCUCUCUGUUUCUCUCUCUGUCUUUCUCCUGUCUGUUGCUCUCCCCCUUCCCUCUCUAUUUCUCUCUCUGUCUUUCUCCUGUCUGUUGCUCUCCCCCUUCUCUCUCUGUUUCUCUCUCUGUCUUUCUCCUGUCUGUUGCUCUCCCCCUUCCCUCUCUGUUUCUCUCUCUGUCUUUCUCCUGUCUGUUGCUCUCCCCCUUCCCUCUCUGUUUCUCUCUCUGUCUUUUUCCUGUCUGUUGCUCUCCCCCUUCCCUCUCUGUUUCUCUCUCUGUCUUUUUCCUGUCUGUUGCUCUCCCCCUUCUCUCUCUGUUUCUCUCUCUGUCUUUCUCCUGUCUGUUGCUCUCCCCCUUCCCUCUCUGUUUCUAAAUGAGAGCAUUGUCAUAAUAGAGGAUAUUCUCUAUCCCAUCCACUCUCUUUCUCUUUCUCUCUGUUUCUCUCUCGUCCAUCUUUAUCAUCAAGUUAAUUUAUUAUUAGUCACUGA